GAGCAUCCUCCCACCCCCGCGCCCUCCGGCCCGCUCGGCCGCUCGCUCCCGCACCUCCGCCCCGCGCCGCGGCCGCGGGCUGCCGCUCGCCCGGAGAAACUUUGCACCCCCGGGUCGCGGCUGGACCGUGGGUGUCAAAGCCAUGAUUCCUCCGGGGGAAUGCCUGUAUGCUGGGAGGAAAAGGAGGAAACCCAUUCAAAAACAAAGGCCUGCAGUUGGGAAUGAGAAAUCGAAUCCUUCCAAGAGACACAGAGACCGUCUGAAUGCAGAGCUGGACCACCUGGCCAGCCUCCUCCCUUUCCCACCUGACAUCGUGUCAAAGCUGGACAAACUCUCUGUCCUGCGCCUUAGUGUCAGCUAUCUCCGAGUCAAAAGUUUCUUCCAAGCCAUUCAAGAAAAGCACUUUAAGAAGCAAGUUGGCCAAACAAUAAAAGAAGACAAUAUAUCUAACAAGACUGCUGUUCAAGAAGGUGGACUUCUACUGGAAUCACUGAAUGGUUUUGCCUUGGUGGUGAGUGCAGAUGGAAUGAUAUUCUAUGCGUCAUCGACAAUUGUGGACUAUCUAGGGUUUCAUCAGACUGAUGUAAUGCACCAAAACAUAUAUGAUUACAUUCACGUGGAUGACCGCCAGGAUUUUUGCAGACAACUGCAUUGGGCCAUGAAUCCUCCCCAGAUGCUGUCUGGACAGCAACUACAGUCAGAAACAGGAGAAGAAUAUAUUCUCAGUAAAUUGUUCAAAGCACAAGAGAAUGACAGCAUGACAACAGAUUAUUCUUCCUUUUUAACUCGAUGUUUCAUCUGUCGAGUUCGCUGCUUGUUGGACAGUACUUCUGGAUUCCUUACAAUGCAGUUCCAAGGCAAACUAAAGUUCCUCUUUGGACAAAGGAAGAAGUCCUCAUCAGGAACAGUACUGCCACCUCAGCUGUCCUUAUUCUGCAUAGUGGUACCACUUCUGCUCCCUUCUGUGACAGAGAUGAAGAUGAAAAGCCUGCUUGUGAGAGCAAAACACAAAGCUGAUGACACAGCAGCAGCGAACACAAACUCCAGUUCAAAAGGCACUUCAGGACUGUGUGAAGCAACAGAAUUAUAUGGAAGAAACAAUCACCAUGAAGGUGCCGCCUUCACUAAUGCAUUACAGAUCGCUGAAAACCAAAUCAAAGCAAAGAAUAAUGGAGAAAAUGGCAUUUCCUUAGUCAAAGUACAAACAAAUGAAGAUCACUGGGUCUGGGUUCAAGCUAACACUCAACUUCUGUAUCGAAGUGGCUGUUCAGAAUAUGUCCUUGCCCAACAACAGAUGUUAAAGGAAGAAGAUGAACAACUAAAGAUACUAAGUGGUUUUGCCAGUUUGAAAGGAAACCUGGAGGGGCUUUCCUAUAACAGUGCCAUUGAAACUCUGGGCCAGUGGAAGCAUCUUAACUGGGCAGCAGUGAAGAAUGAACAAGAUAAUGUAAAAGUGAAGUUUGAGCCUCAUACUAAUGGUGAGUGUUUUACACAAGAGGAACCUCUCAGUUCUAACACAUCAGUUUUGGGCACUCAAAACAACACAAACAGUAGCUGGACUUUAAGAAACUCGAGUUCUUGUUCUAUGAGCCAGAGAAUGAACACAUGUCCAAACAGGAGAGCUGCAUCAUUCUACAAUAGAGAGCAAAAUUUCUUAAAUUUGGCAUCAACUUGUCCUUCCCACUGGGGGAGCGCAGAAAACGGCCAGUCUUACUCGGGGCUCCCACAGCGCUGUGCAGAGAGCUACGUGACAGACCAUCUGAAGCUGCAGAGACCAUUGCUAUCCUCCGAGCCUCUCUAUGACACAGCCAUUCCCUUGGAGAUGCCCAUCAAAACGGAGUACGACUCUGAUUCUGAAAACAUUGCCGAUAACUACUUGCUUUCGCAGAGCCGAGCCUGGCCGGAUGAGAGCGGCUCGGUGAGAAAGCAGCUGCCCAGCUACCCCAACAGAAUGCACCUCAAAACAGAGCCGGACCUCUGCGAGCCAGCCUUGCCUUGCCAGAAGCCAAGGCACUGCCUUUACACGCCCCACAACUGGCAAUGCAUCAUAGCAAAUCAUCCCAACAACCUGAGCUUGAACAGAGCGUGCAAGGGCUCACGGAACAGGGAGGCGGCCCCGUUUUGCCCUCAGAACUCCUCCAUGUGUUUGGAAAGCACGCCUGACCUGCCACACAUGGCUUGUUACAGCCACUUCUACAGCCCCAUCCCAGGGGAGGAGAAAGAGCAGAUUAAUGAGGUGUUCAAAAUGCCAUGUGAAUUUAAAAACCCCUGCUUGGUUCAAGCAAUUAAGCGUGAGCCCCUGGAUUCUCCACCAUUGUCCAACAGUGGACAGAACAGAGCACACGUGAGCUUCCCUGAAAAUACAUUAGCAGGUCCUGUGCCUCAUAAAACCACUGAAUGUACAUUUUUGCAAUAGAUUUUAUAACAUUUGAAAUAUUUAUAAUGUUAAAAGCAAGAAGUUGUAGAUUCUCUUCCAGUUGAGUUAAAUUACUUACUAUAAUCAAAAGCCAGUGGAAAGAUUUUGUGUGUGUGUGAGUGUGUGUAUGAGUGUGUGUGUGUGUGUGUGUGUGUGCACCCAUGUGUGAAAAGAAACAGACACAGGUACACACAUCCUACCCCUGCUACUGCCCUUUUCUUAAUGAUCUUUGGAAAGAGUAAAAAAAGAUAAAACCUCAGGCACAGAAAAAUAACAAUUAUUUGCUGCACAGGUAUACCUGAUCGUUUUUCUUUAUCAUUUUUCCUCUCUUGUCUACAUUUCAUUAGCAAGGUCUAGCAAUUUCUGUUUCCUUUGUUCUGUUUAUUUUUCUCAAGCUGAUGUGAUGCCUCUGUGCAAAUCAGAAAUGUUUAUGGUCUUCAGUAUGGCAGUUUACCAUAGGAGGUUUUGCUUUAUAAUUAUUUUUCUACUCUUAUAAGAAGGAUCAGCUAUUCCUUCACCCCAGCAUUAAAUUAAUGGCAAUAGGAAAGGACUCCCCAACACAACUUCUUAAUUUAAAAGGAUCACAUUAGUAAAAACAAUGACAUGCAUGAACGCAUUAGAAAUUAUUUCACUUCAAACUGAAGUUACUCCUAGGUUUCUUGAUAAUAUUAUUGUUUUAGAACCCAUAUUUUUCCAUUUCAUUGCUAUUAGCCUUUCAUGUUGCUGCUGAAAGACUGAACAAUGGGAGGUAAUCCACUCCUAUAAACCAGUUACAUAAUGCUGUUAAGUAUAUGUGAGAGCAAAGUAUUUUCUGAUUAUUUUCUUUGCUGUUACUUGUAACACCAACAAAGGAAAUGCACUUUUUCACGUGAUAGUAUUUCUUUGACUGAUAGCUUGUUAGAUAUUGUCAUCUUACAUCAAAACCAAAUCCCACACUAAGAUUAUUUUCAAAAACAUUCUAGUUUCAAUUCCAAAAGAAACCCUUAAUCUCACUGAGGGAUGGAUGUACACCUUUCAAAAGCACUUCAGUGCACUUUAGUGCUUUUGAAAACAGAGUGUAUACUUUCUUUGAACCCAGACAUUAAUGUGUUUCCAUAACAAAAAAAAUAAAAUUAUAUUUUGGGUUUUGUUAUUGUUGUAGUUUGACUCCUGCACUAACUUGUGUUUUAAAAUUGCACUAUUUCCACUUUAUAUCAAUUUCACCUAUAUGACAACCACAUCAUUUAAAAAAAAGCUUAGUUAUAUGUAUAUGUGCUUUUUGAAAGAAGCCCUGUAAUUAAUGUUUCCUUUUUCAAAAUGUUUUAAAUAAUUAUAAUGUUUUCCUUUAUCUAUUAGUCACAAAGGGCAUGGCUUUACAUGCCAUGUAAAUCUGCCAUGCCAGAUGAGUGGCAUAAAAUUCUCCCAAAUGCUUUAAAUAUGUGAGAUAAGUGAAGUUUACAGGUAGUGCAAUGGUUCUGCACCUGGGAAGCUGCUCCUCUCCAAGAAGACUGACCAUCUUUUCAGAUAGAAUUUACUGCCUGUAGAGUUGGCAGGUGUAAAGACAUACAUUCUCUGCAUGUUAGUGCCUGUGAACUGUGGUAUGAAUUGCUGCACAUGGGACAGUAAAGAGGGCAACAUCACCUCACCUCUCUCGGGUUCAAUCUGUCAUAGUCCAGCUGACCAUAUGUUUCCUUUUUUGUGCCUGAGGUACAUCAGCUCCCUGUUGGUCCUGUAGUGCCUCUGGUUUGAGACAGCCUUGAUAUCCUUGCUUUAAUACUCCUGCCAGUGGUUGCAAUGUAAUAUCAGACCCCAUUCUGAAGUGAGACCGCAUUGGUGGAAUUUACACUGCUCUCCAGCACACCACUGUCCACAUCAGAAAAAUUCAAGCCAAACUGCAAAAAUACUUGUGGGCAAGCACUUGUUCCUCAUGCAGAAUGAGGCUGCCAUGAAUCAGUGUUGCUGCACAACCUCCGCCUCACUGAUUCACUAUCUACAGAAUUACAAGCAGCAGUUCUUUAGACUCUCACAGAGUUGCUUUCAUAGCCCUUUGCUUGGCAUGCAGCAGUGUCACUGCUUAUGUGCUGGUGCCAGACACUUAUAGUGUGUGCUUCAGGGCUGCUUGUAGGGUUAUGCCAUAAAUCCUGUAAUAUUCUCCAGUCCAGCUCCUCGUGCAGCUGCCUGGCAGAAACGAGAUGAUGGGAGACAGGGAGUGUGAGAGAAUAGAUAGCUGAAGGCAAGUGGAGGAUAUACCUGCAUGAUCUCUGAAAAGCUGCUUCUUUAAUUCCACACUUGGAAUCACUGUCACACCCCUCUGAAUGAGAGAGAGUACCUGGGCUGGGUUUCACACUGCCUUGCACUUUGUCACAUCACUUGCAUUGAUGAAGUGUGACUGUAAAACACUGUUACCUUCAUCUGGACAUGCUGCAUUUUGCACUAUGGGAGUGGUUACACCACGUGCAACUCUCUAGAGGACUAUGCCACCAGAAGCCUUGUCUGUGCUUAGAAAUAUUAUCUGUUGUGACUACAGCAGGAGAACUGUACCAGCCAGGUUUCUCUCUUCAGUGCAGAAGCAAUUUAUACUAAAAACAGAAAUUCUCUGAAGUUCUCUCUGUUGCAAAAUUCAUUCUUUUUUGUUGACAUAACUCUAUCCAUGCUCAGGCAUUCCCGGCACAUAUCAGUUAGAAUUAUUUUUCUCGUGUUUCCAACAAACACAGACACAUUUUACAUAUCUUGAUCGAUAUUACAGAGGUAGAUGAAGCUUCUGCAUGCAAGGGAAUGUGAUCUGACACAAGAGAUAGACUUCUAGGUGGAUGGAUGAAUGUGUGACUCAUAAGUGAGGUGUCACCUUCUGACUCCCUGCUGUGUAAAUGCAGUCAUGUUUGUUUCCUUAUUAUUCCAUAAAGUCUGAAGCCAAGGAAAGCACACUUAUCCUAUGCAUCACAUUUUAUUGUGACCCACUUAAUUUGUGGCUGAGUUUUUAUUUCAGGUCUCACACGAAAAGAUGUGGUAUCAGUAGAAUUUCUUCUAGUCUAAAUUAUCACACAUGCAGUAUACCAAUCUCCCAAGAACUGGGGCUUAUGAAGAGAUCAGCAGUGUAUCCCCUUUCUGGACAAUUGCUAACCAUUGCUGGUAGUAAACAAAGACCAGUUCCUUCUAAGUAUUUGGAAAGAACAAAGGAAAUAACUGCUUAAAAUAAUCUCUUGCCAAUUGUGUUUAAAGAGCAGAUCUGCCUUCAUCCUCUCCCCAUGAUAUAUGCCCUGGAUUGAGUUGGGAUUGAAAUCUGACAUUGCAUUGUACCCUGUUAAAUUACCACUGAUUUCAUCUUCUAAAACUUUACUGUAUGCAAAUAUUAAUGACCCCCUUGCACUGACCAAUAAAUAGGAUGAAAGACAGAGCAGUUCUUUAAAAUGGUUGCAUUUUCUUAGUGGUUGUUGCUGCUUCGGUUUUAUUCUAAAAACUAGCAUCGAGAAGUAGAGUUUAAGAUAUUUUCAGUCACUGGUGUUUAGCUUUUAGCCUUAAUGAACUGGUAUUUGUAUCCCUUCAGCACAACCCUAAAUCCUAUUUUAGGAACCUACCAAUGCAUUUACUGUAGAAACAAUAAAAGAUUAUUCUUGUAGAAGAAAUGCCUAGUCAAAUGGUUGCCUAAUAGGAACUUGGAGCAUUCAGGCUGAAAGAAAUGCCUGACUGAUAAUAGCAUGCAAACUUCCUCAGCCAUAAACUCUCCAGGGGUUGAGACAGAAUGCACUCAUGAAUUCCCUGAUCUUUGGAGAGGGUAUAUUUUGGUAUGGAAAGUGAGCAGCUCUAAAAGCUGUGAGAAGGUGUCUCCCCCUGGGAUGAGACUUGGAUCAUCCCCUCUGGAUGAGACUAUUAUCAGUGCUAAAGCUCAUGAUCAAGGCCUUGAAUUUACUGAGAAUGUGACCUGAUUUCAGCUGCCAGUGGACAGCUGUUGAGCACCAUAAAAAUACUAGUCCAACACCAUUGAAAGCUACUUCUUUUACUGAGAAACAACAUGAUUUGAGCUAGGGAUAAGCUUGAACAGCAAAGAAGAGUGGAUUUUCCUGCACUUACAUGGUGAUUGAAAAUGGGGCAGACCUUCACUAUAAAUAAUUUACACUGAGUUUAAAGUCUUUGGAUAUCAAAGUAAACUCUUGUUUCAAAAAUUCUGAGUGAGGGCAGCAUUGUGUUAGUGGUAAGCUUGUUUUAGCUGUAAAUUCACUGUAGGAAAGACUAACUUCCUACUCUUUGAUUGUAAAGUAUUAAUGCAAAGUUUAAAUCUGUGGUUUACCCUCCCUUCAUUGGAACAGUCAUGUAUUCUUAAAGUUCUUACAUCUGAGUCUGCUCUGGGUGGUACAGGGAAGUCUGACAUUUGAGCAUCAGUCAGUUGAGUAAGACUUUAGGUGCCGAUCCUUUAAUAUGGUAUUGAGAUUGACAGGGCACGUGCAAUUCUUCUGGAAAUUCCUACUGCUUAAAAUACUUAAGAGGCAACAAGCCUGAGGCAAGGAAUAUUCUGUGGGAUAAGAUCAGCUUCUGUUGCCUAGAAGCUUUUCUUAACUCUUUGUGUUGAAGCCAUACUGGAACUUAAGAUAGGACAGCUUCACCUGCUGUAGUUAUUUCAGGAAACCCGAUAUUUUGUCUUAGGAAGGUGUUAUAUUUUAAUUAAAAUUGUUAAAAGGCAUCAUUUCCCCUACCUAUGUACAUAUAUUGUCUUAGGUAGUGGUAAAAAAAUUAAUAUCUUUAUUUACUUUCAUUUGAGAGUCACUUAACCAAGAAAACCAACUUCAGAAUGACAGGGGUGUAGACCCAUUCUAUUUUUUCUUGUCUUCCCUAUCUGCUCGUUUUCUCUCUCUCCACCCUCUUAGGGUGCAAACAUACAAAAUGGAAAUACUUUUCUGAUCAUACUUAGACAAAGAUCCUAAACCUUAACUAGACUGUAGAAAAUUUCUCACUAGAACAGGAGUUUCUUUCCUUGGAGUUUCUUCUUUUAAAUCUUGCCAAGUCCUAUGAGAAAUUGUGCGUCGCAACUGAAACAUGCGUUUGUAACGUGUAGAGCAAGAGACGGUGCAGGUGGCCACGCUCAGGAUGUAGUCACAAGGCUUUAUCCAGCUGAAGGAAAUUCACACCAGGGCUGCACCGGGUAGCUUAUGUUCAUAGGCACUACCAUCCUGACAAACAGAUCUUUGUCACGUUUCAGUGACAUUUGGUGUGCUCUUGUCACUGUGAAAACAUUUCCCUAUCGUGCUAUCAGAAAUGCCUCUGAGCAAAGUCAUCAGCAACAGCCUGAAAUACAUUCUAAAUUCUAAUACAUUUUAAAAAACCAACCCAAACAUCUGGAAAUCCAAGCACUUGCCUGUCCUUAGGCAAAGAUGUUGUUUGAGUGGAAGCUUGGAAGUAAAAAAAAAAAAAAAAUUACUACAAAUUUUGAGGAAAGAAGAGACAUAUUGCCAUCAAGGUGUAAUUAUUAUGCGACUACAGCAUUUAUUCUUCAUCCACUGUUAAAAUUCUGUGGUCUGAAAUAACUUUUUUUUUCCCUGUAGAGCUGGUUUUGUAAUUUUUCAGGUUAAAAAUAAUUUCUUGAAAACAAGGAUUGAGUCAUUUCAGUGCUAAGAUGCAUUUCUCAAUCAGACGGAAAACAUCAUUCUAGAAGGCAUGAAGUGCUCCUGUUCCUUUCCUGGGGCUAGUUUCCCAGACUCUGGCAAAGUCAGUGUAUGCAUUAACUCUCUUGCUGCUGGUAAUUGUGCAGCUGAUGCUCUAACUAUGCAGUCUGAAGUUUUUCAAGAUUUCCUUGAUGCAACAGGGCUCCAGGGUCAGCUCCAGUUUCACAUUUGCACUGGUAGAAUUAUGGUAAAGAUGCGCCAGGAGGCAACAGAAAUAACAUCAGCUGCUUGGCUAGUCUUAUUAAUUGCAUUUAAAAAAAAACAAAACAGGUGAAGUUCUGGUCUAGAGCUCCUCAUUUUGCACCACAAGGGGGUGUG